AGCACGAGGAGCUGCGACUCCACACAUAAAUAGUAUUUAAAAAAAAGAGUUUUAGCUUUUAAUUUGUUGUGUUACCGACGCAGAUUCUACCAUCGAGGCUUUGGCGGUGCGCAUAUAUCUAAAAUGGGGGAUUUUUCGUCCCUGGGUUUGUCGGACUGGCUGAUAAAUCAGUGUAAACAGCUGGGAAUCAACAAGCCGACUCCUGUCCAGGAAAACUGCAUGCCACCCAUCCUCGAAGGUCGGGAUUGUAUGGGCUGUGCAAAGACUGGAAGUGGGAAGACGGCAGCAUUUGUGUUACCAGUGCUGCAAAAACUGUCAGAGGAGCCAUAUGGUAUCUUCUGCCUGGUGCUCACUCCUACCAGGGAGCUGGCCUAUCAGAUUGCGGAGCAGUUUCGAGUCCUGGGAAAGCCUCUGGGUCUGAGAGACUGUAUUAUCGUUGGUGGAAUGGAUAUGGUGACUCAGGCCAUGGAGCUUUCCAACCAACCGCAUGUGGUCGUAGCCACGCCGGGCCGCCUCGCCGAUCACAUCCGCAGCUCCAACACUUUCAGCAUGAGCAGGAUCCAGUUCCUGAUUUUAGACGAGGCUGACCGGCUGUUGGAGCAGGGCUGCACUGACUUCACUAAAGACCUGGAGGUGAUUCUGGGGAUCUUGCCGGCCAAACGGCAGACGUUGCUGUUCAGCGCCACACUGACGGACACCCUGCAGGAGCUCAAGAGCAUCGCCAUGAACAAACCGUUUUUCUGGGAGAGCAAAUCAGAAACUCGGACUGUGGAGGAGCUGGACCAGAGAUACAUCCUCACUCCAGAGACAGUGAAGGACGCCUACCUGGUCCACCUGAUCCAGAAGUUCACAGACGAACAUGACGACUGGUCCAUUAUCAUCUUUACCAACACGUGCAAGAAUUGUCAGGUGCUCACCAUGAUGCUGCGAGAAUUUAACUUUCCAACCAUCAGCCUUCAUUCCAUGAUGAAACAGAAACAACGGUUUGCAAACCUCGCCAAGUUCAAGGCCAGUGUCUACAAAAUCCUGAUAGCCACGGAUGUAGCUGCGAGGGGUUUGGACAUUCCCACUGUUCAGGUUGUCAUAAAUCAAAACACUCCUGGCCUGCCCAAGAUCUACAUCCACAGAGUCGGGCGAACGGCAAGAGCAGGGAGAAACGGAGUAUCGAUCACUCUGGUGACGCAGUACGACAUCCACCUGGUUCAUGCUAUUGAAGAGCAGACUCAGACCAAGCUGAAAGAAUAUCCCGUCCAGGAGAAAGAAGUCCUGAAGAUCCUCACCCAGGUCAACGUGACCCGGCGGGAGUGUGAAAUCAAACUGGAGUCCACAGACUUUGAUGAGAAAAAAGAGAUCAACAAGCGGAAACAGCUGAUCCUGGAGGGGAAGGACCCGGAGCUGGAGGCCAAGAGGAAGGCAGAGCUGGAAAAGAUCAGGAACCAGAAGAAGAAAUUCAAGCAGAGGAUCCAGGAGGACAUUGAGAGGCAGAAAUUUGGGCAAAAGAAGAAAAACUUCAUGAAGCAUCAGCAGAUGAAAAAGAAGAAAAAGGCAGUGCAGGAAAAAGCUUGAUAAUGACCUUUUGUGAAUAUAAGACAAGGUUUUUUUUUCUCUGUGCAAUGUAAUUUUUGAUAAUCAAAUAAAAUUCCUAGUGUAAAUAAAAGGGGAAGUUGACAGCCA